UAGACAAAAAUUCGGAGAUUUAUAUAUCUAAGAAAUAUUUAAUAUAAUUUAUAAAUAUUAUUAUCUUCAUAAGAAAUAAGUUCAACUAAUUUAAAAUGAAUUUGAAAGAUGUUUAAGAUCGAUACUCGCAUUUUAGUGCAAUCGAUUUAUCUCGAUUAUAUAAACGAGAUGGAUUCGAGGUUGUGACGUAUGUUCGGUUAGAUUCGGCACGUCUCGUUUACACUCGGACGUUUAGUAUGGCGCUAACGUGUGUCAGUAGUGAAAGGAUAACCUAGAAAAAAAAAUCAGAGAAGUUUAUAUAUAUAUAUAAGAAAUGUUUUACUGUUACUUAUAGCAUUUAAUAAAUUUGUAGUUCGUUGAUAUCAUCGUAAGAGAAAAAAUACUUGUGUCAACGUAUUUAAAUUACUGUCAUGGGAACCGUUACCUGUAUUGCACCUAUUAACAUCGCAGUCCUUAAAUAUUGGGGCAAACGAAAUGAAACUUUAAUCUUGCCUACUAAUGACUCGAUAAGUUUGACUUUGGAUACAGAACAGUUAUGUACAAAAACAACUGUUAUGCUCAGCGAAAAAUUCAAGAAAGAUCGCAUAUGGUUAAAUGGAGUUGAAGAAGAUAUUAAAAAUCCCAGAUUGCAAAUCUGUUUAAGCGAAAUUAGGAAAAGGGCGAAGCUUGAGGAAGAAAUGAUGAAUUGGAAAGUUCAUAUUUGUUCAGAAAAUAAUUUUCCAACUGCAUCUGGAUUGGCUUCCAGUGCUUCAGGAUAUGCGUGUCUCACAUUAGCUCUUGCUCAAUUGUAUAAAGUAAAGGGUGAUGUUAGUACCAUCGCACGAAUGGGAUCUGGUUCAGCAUGCAGAAGUACUCUAGGUGGUUUUGUCAGAUGGCGUAUGGGAUUAUUUGAAUAUGGCACUGACAGUGUAGCAGAACAAAUAGCACCUGCAUCCAGUUGGCCUGAAAUGAGAUGUUUAAUAUUAGUUGUGAAUGACAACAAGAAACUGGUCUCUAGUACUGUUGGAAUGAAGAGAACCUAUAAAACCUCUGAACUUUAUCAUUUUCGUACUAGUUAUAUUGUACCUGAGCGAGCAGACCUAAUAGAUGCUGCCAUUGUAUCGAAAGAUUUUAAACUUUUCGCCGAACUUACAAUGAAAGAUUCCAAUCAAAUGCAUGCAGUGUGUUUAGAUAGUUAUCCUCCAAUUAUAUACCUGAAUGAUAUCUCUUUUGCAAUUAUGAAUCUUAUUCAUUCGUAUCAUAAUGCAACUGGACAAAUACAGGUAGCAUAUACUUUCGAUGCAGGACCGAAUCCUACUUUGUAUUUAUUAGAGAGGAAUGUUCCAGAAGUGAUAGCACUAUUAGAUCAUUAUUUUCCCCCAGAUAGUAAUAAUUUGGACAAUUAUAAAAGAGGUUUGCCUAUUGAAACGGUAGAAUUAUCACAGGAUAUAAUAAAUAACAUUGAUAGUAAAGUUUACGAACCAGGUAAAAUAAAAUAUAUGAUAUACACGCGUAUAGGGGACGGGCCUAAAUAUCUUGUAAGUCCCGAUGAUCAUCUUUUAAAUGAUGAAGAUAAUACAGGAAGUAUGGAUACCGACCGAACAAAUAAGAAUACCGACCGAGCAAGUAAAGAAAUUGGCCGAUCAAGUAGGAAUACCGACUGUGCAAGAAAACUUCGAUUGGAAUUCGAUAGAUGUCGCAGUUGGACGAGCGGGUUCUUUCACUUUGACGGACAACAACAACAAGUCAUUUGAGUUACGGGGUAGGAUUAGAAUAUAGGAUAAGAUCAAAAGAAGGAGGUAUUUGAAGAAGUUCGCGGACUUGCCGGAGAACGUGGACCACACAGUCCAUUGGACUGUGAAAAGGAGAAAGGAGGAGGAAGAGGAGGAGGAGGAGGAGGAGGAAGGUGGUAGUGGUGGUAGAGGAAGGUUGGGGUGAGGAGGAGCGCGAAAGGAUGAAUGAGAAGUUAGAGUGCUGAGCGCACCGAUACCGAGUGCCCUGACUCCUUUGGUUCCUCGCGUUUCUUUACAUUUGUGUGUUGCUUCGUUUUCUUCCAAGAACGAGAGAAGAAGCCCAAUAGGACGAGUAUAUAAGGUUCUUUAGGAGAGAGAGAGAGAAAGAGAGA